AUGAGCGCGUUUCGUGUCCUUCUUCGAGCGCUGGCGAGGAGAGAACAACGACAACAACAACAACAACAACAACUGCUGUUCUCGUCGUCGUUUACAUCGUCGUCGACGCUUCUUUCUCGCACACUUCUUCUCGGAGGAGGAGGAGGAGGAGGAGGAGGAGGAACUCCCGGCGUGGCGGUGACAAAAAAGAAAGCAGCUUUGUCGACGUUUUCGCGCGUUUCUUCUUCUUCUUUGUCUUCUUCUUCUUCUUUUUCGAACAACAACUACGACGAGGAAAAGGAAGAGCACAGAAAAAGAUUGAUAAACAAAACGCUCUACCGCGCGAAACAGAGAGGGUUUCUCGAACUCGACGUGGUCGUCGGGGAGUGGGCCGAGAGAAACUUGAACGCGAAAACGACGAGCGAUUCGUUUUUGACUCAAUUCGCAAAAGUUUUGGAAGAGGAAAAUCCAGAUUUGUACUCGUAUUUGACUGGACAAAGCGAAGCGCCGAAAUAUUUAAGAGAGGAAAACGAGGCGUAUAAAGCGCUGAAAGCGCACGUGAUGAAGUUUUUAGACGAGAAGAGCGACGAGAAGACGAGAGCAAAGUUUGGGAAGGAGUGGGUCAGGGGGUGGAACGACGGCUCUUCCGAGGGGGGCAACCAGUAG